CGUAGAAACGUGGUACUUAGUACACUGUCGUGGUGUUGUGUAGUGUGGCGUUGUUUCUGCUGUUGAUGUGUUCUCUUCUGAAGUGAAAUGACUGAAAUGACAGCACCGGCAGCGGCUCAGUCUGCCAAAGAGCUGCUGGCUCUGAAUCCCACACAGGAGACCGAGUUCAGGAAGAAAGUGCAGGAGGUGAAGAAGAAGAAGAAGAAGUCUGCUCAGGAAAGCAGGUUAACCCCUGGAGUGAUCUACGUUGGUCAUCUCCCAAAGGGUCUGUUUGAACCUCAGCUCAAGGCCUACUUUGAACAGUUUGGGAGGGUCCUGAGGUUGAGGCUGUCACGGAGUAAAAAGACUGGUGGUAGUAAAGGCUACGCUUUUAUCGAGUAUGACUGUGAGGAGGUGGCAAAAAUCGUGGCAGAGACGAUGAACAACUACCUGAUGGGAGAGCGGCUCAUCAAAUGUCAGGUGAUGCCCUCAGAGAAAGUCCACGAGAAGAUGUUUGUUGGUUGCGAUAGACGGUUUAAGAAACCCUCGUAUCCUGCGGUGUCACGCUACAACAAGAAGCGAACAGCGGAGGAGGUGGAGAAGAUGACGCACAGGCUGCUGCGCAAAGAAGCAAAGCUGCGUAAGAAGCUGGCAGCGCGGGGCAUCGACUACAACUUCCCAGGAUUUUCUGCACAGGUGCCACGGAAGUCGUCAGCUGGUGUCAUGAACGCAUCCACAUGCAGUGAGGACGCCACACCAGUGUGCACGCCCUCGGUUCUGGAGAGGAGGAAGUCCACGGUGGUGGGUGACGGCGAUGAAGAGAUUGUCCUUAGAAUUCCCACUGCAAAUGCAGAUGAAGAGGGCUCCUCUUCUGAGGACGAGGAUGAGGACGAGGAAGAAGAAGGUGACGAGGAAGACGAGUCAGAGAACGAGGAUAUUUCUGAAAACGCUAUGGAGGAGAAAUGAACCUUCUCCCUGUAGACGGACUGAGGCUGAUGGCGAGGAGUGGGCCUGGCGUCAGGGUUCCUUAAGACUGAGGAUUGAACUUUGACCUGUGUGGAUUAGUCACAUGGUCACCUCUGUAUUAAUGUGUAUAUAUAUAUAAAAAGAAGAACCAUGUCUUGUGUCAUAAAUGGUUCUCACAGAGUCUCCGUGGUUGAUGAGCAGCUGCUGAUUUCCUUUGGAUUUUUGUUGUUUUCUUCUUAAUGAAACAGUUAUAUUUACAACCUUGUAACAUUUUACAAAAAAGUAAAUAAAUGUCAGGACAAACACACUGUCCAUGGUUACUG